ACUCGCUCCUCCCUUCAUAACAUCGAAACCUGGAACAGCUCCUGCAGGCGUCUGCCCAGUGAUGGUGGUUCUGCGCACUGUACUUCUCGCUUGGCUUGGCGUGCUGCCGGCUGCCUGGUGUUUGCCGCAGGAAGCAGGGCGCUCGUCAAACCUCCGGCCGCUGUCCCUGACGCAGGACCUCAGCCCGAAGGACCUCAGCGACAAGAGCGUCAACCUCCACGACCUCCUUCAGGAUGAUCUCUCUCCCCAGGACGAGCUGAGCGCCCUCUCCGCCGCCGCCGCCGCCGCCAACCCCGUCAGAGAGGGCCCCGGGAGCUUCAGGAGCAAGGUGAAGAAGAGUUGGCCCACCGGCCUCUCCCGUCGAAGGGCUUCCGGCUUGUCCCUGUCCAUCGACGCCUCCAUGAAGGUCCUGCGGGAGGCGCUGUACCUGGAAAUAGCCCGGAAGAAGCAGAGGCAGCAGAUGCAGAGAGCCCGGCAGAACCAGGAGCUGCUCACCUCCAUCGGAAAACGCGACGUGCAAAAACAGGCUAGAGAGUCAGAGAUGGAGAGUGAUAACAGGGAAUAAAUAAGAAUGCCGAUGAAGAUAGAGAGAGAGAGAGAGGAGGUGCAGUCCAACUCCCCCUCCCCCUCCGCCCCUUCACCCCCCUCCCUCC